CGGAAAGAUUGCCACCCACGACCGAAGCGAUGCCGUCCGAGAUUCUCGACUUUGCGGUCGGCACGAUCAUCGGCAACAUCUCGACCGCCGUGGUGCUCACGCUCGUGUACUAUAACUUCAUCCUCUUCGAAGACUACUUCCGGGUCAUCAUCUGGGCCUUCCUCUUCAGCCAAGCGCUGCGCGGCGCGAAAGAGAAGAUCUGCCGCCUAUUGCGCUACCUCAGCCGCGACAAGGAAAUUCAGCGCGACGGACUGUUGUACACUGUGUGGACACAAGCGAUCCCGUACUUUCUACGCUCGACGCGGCGUCCCCGCGCAACCGGCACCGACGCCGACGCACCCCCCCCCGUGGACCGUCCCCAAGACAAGCUGACCAACCUCGUUAUGGACAACGGCAUCUUCAUCUUUGCAUGGAUCAGCGGCGUGUCCAUCUACGUGCGCAUGUUUAGCUUGUCGUCGUUUCUGCAGCUGUCGGUCGGGAUUGUGGUCGUGGCGAGUCUGGCCGUGUGGGUGUUAGAUCGCCGGGUGUUUUACUACCGCCUCUUCAUCUCGGACGACGUGCUCGUGUCCCUGCUGUUGAUUCUGGGGUGCUUUGUGAUUGUACGCAUGAUGAACCUACCUCCAUCACCACGACCACCCGUACUUUGAUCUGACACCAGAAAUCAACUUUAACGUAGGGGUUCUUUGUCUUGUUCUACCUGGGCACGGAAAGCUACAUGGAGGGAUCAUUGGCUGCGUCCCAAGUCAGUCGAUGGAUCCACACGAACGUCGUCAACGACGAGCGCACGCGGGCCAUGUGGUCGGAGCAGAUGGCGAAUGGCAAGGCGAUGGUGUCGUCGGCGAUCCACGGCGUGGAAGGGUCGUAUAACCGCACACUCUGGUUUGGGCCAUUCAAGGCCAUGCUCGUGUCGUACUACGAUACGCCCGCGAACACGACGAUAGUGCACGGCGGCGCCAGUGGAAGCAGCAGCCUGUUUCCAAACCUGACGUGGGUGCAAGCGUGUUCGUUGGCGUAUGCCCAAUUCAGCGACUUCAACCUCACCAGCGUCGAAGUGACGGAUAUGACGUCGAAAGGCUUGGAGUACAGCGGCAUGGCCGUGGGGUCGGUCGUCCAGCUGCUCUUUGUGCUCGUGACGAUUGUCGUGGCGUUCGUGAGCAUCGGACUCAAGUCGUUCUUCUUUGUCACGUCUUUGUUCUACCUACUCAGCGCCAAGUGGGACCCCAUCGAGCGGAUUGUGCAUGAUUUGAUCCCCAUUGCCCCCGAGAAGCGACCGGCCAUGGUCGCGUCGCUCCGUCGUGCAAUUGAAGGCGUGUUUUUUCUGCCCAUGAAAAUCUCAAGCUUGCAUGCGAUUGUGUCGCUCGUGUCGUUUUCGAUCGUGGGCACAGACUUUGUAUUUCUCGGCACGUUGCUCUCGUUCUUCAUAUCGAUUGUGCCGAUUAUCCCGCCGUAUUUGAUCUGCUUACCGUACGUGUGUCUGCGCCUGUCGACGUCGUUCGUGCCGGCGGUCGCACUCUUGGUCGUGCAUUACUUGGCGUUUACUUGGAUCGACCAAGUGCUUUACGAGCGCAGCUUGACCUCGAUCAACGCCUACAUUUCCGCACUCAGCGUAGCGUUUGGCGUGUAUGUGUUUGGUCUCGAGGGUGUGGUAUUUGGUCCGUUACUCGUGUGCGGGGUCAACUGGGCGUAUGAGAUUUCCAAUCACGGCGUACAAGCCGCCACGUCCGACGACGCGGUGAUGACGUCGCCUUCGUCAUCCCCCGUCCAUGACGAGCACGGCAGCAUCUUUUCCAGCGCGUACAGGGCGCUGUCGGGCGGCCUCCUGCGCAGCAACCUGUCUCGGGGGUUUUCAUUCGACUCGGCACGAGACCAGGCGGUCGUGGUGGUGGACGUGCAAGUGCAUUAUGGGAAGGAGGCGGCGACUCCGUGGGUUGUGCGGUACGUGGCGAGGAAGGAGUGGAGCUACGAGGAUUUGGUCAAGAACCUCUGUCGCACACUGCACGUGUCGCAUGUGCGCGGUCUGUACGCCAAGGCAAACCACGCGCAGAUCUUGGGCGUGGAGCACAUGAUUCCAGGGGAGUUAAUCACAGUGGACGUUCAAGACGACCCAUUGCAGGACGACGUACUAAGUGCCAGCAGUGCGCGACCUCCCAUGCAUUUCCAGCAGCACGACAAGCAUGGCGGUCGCUUUGCAAAGGCGGGCAAGACGACGGCGGCGGUGGCACGUGCGUCGAGUCCGUCUACCACUCCAACAACAACCCCCGUCCUCGUGCGCCGUCGGUCCCAUGCAUCCACAACCCCUCGAGGUCGCUCCAAGCAGUCGUCGCUCGGCUCUCGGCGGUCGAUUCGGUCUAGCGAUUCUGGGUCGUCGUCGGCAUUUGGAGGGGACUCGGACGGUGACACUGCCGCCAUCGCCGCCGACUCGCCUUGUCCAGUCACAGUGGACUCCCAAUCCGAGUCAUUUGACAGCGCCGCCAACACGAGCUUUCGAUCUGCGUUGAACGGUCUGCGCAUUCAAACAGAUUUUACACGUGCCAACGAUGAUGCCCAUGGUGCAGCGACUGCAGAGAAUACCGUUGGCCACGAAGAUGAACCCAUGCCACCCCCCGACAAGCCCAUCCAACCAAUUACGCAAGACCAGCCAAACAAACAGCAACCGACGCUGCAACCACCCACGAGCCCCUUGUACAUUACGGAAAAGGUGACGACGUUGCGCCAACGUCGAGGCAGCAUGGCGAGUCCCGCAGACGAAGCCACCAAACCAGGGCUGUGGAAGUCGCUAUUUAAGCCGAAUUAACUGAUCAUCCACACACGAAAAGACUAGUUGUUGGAGACGACCUAGUAUCGACGACACUAAUCACAGUUAGUACUCGACGG